AUGUCGAACAGACAGAUCGCCCGCGACAUGCAGGUCGAGUUCCAGGCUCGGUUCCAAGCCAAGCAGGCGCGCAAAGAGGCCCAGAAGGCCGCGAAACAAGACCCUCUCCUCCGAAAACAGAUUCAAGAACUCCUCAAGAAGGGCGAGACCGCCAAGGCCUACCAAAAGGCCAAGAUCCUGCUGUCAAAGCAGGCCCUCGCUGCUCAGAUGGACCAAAUGGCCGACAUGGCUGAGCUCUCGGCAUCCCAGAUACAGGCCAACAAUGCCAUGAACCGCAUGACGCACAUGAUGGGCCAGUCCAGCAAGACAAUGGGCAUUGCUCAGCGUACCAUGAACCCCGAGCGGACGCUCACGACCCUUGAGCAAUUCAAGCAGCAGAACGAAGAGUAUGCCAUGAGCAACGGCAUCUACCAGGAUGCCAUCUCCCAGAGCACGAGCGCCACUGUCAGCGAAGAUGCCGUACACGAACUGCUGGGCAAGCUGGCCGACGAUGCCGGUGUCCAGCUGAGCUCUCAGUUCAACGAGGCGCAGCCGAGCAAGGCAGAGCCCGUCGGACCGCAGACGAAUGAGCCCACUGCAGAGGAGGAAGACGCUUUGCAGCAGAGACUUAGGGCACUGCGCGCCUAG